AUGCCUUCCGCCAUGCUCGACAAGUCCCUUUUCGACACCAUUCCGGAUUCCAUAGCCGCUUUCAGGAAUGGUGAAUUCCUCCUCGUCCUAGACGACCCCGGCCGCGAAAACGAAGCCGAUCUCAUCCUCCCCGCCCAAGACGCCACAACCGAAAAGCUCGCCUUCAUGAUCCGCUACUCCUCCGGCCUCGUGUGCGCCCCCAUCCUCCCCUCCCGCACCGAAGCCCUCGAACUCCCCCAGAUGGUCUCGCAAAGCCAAGACCCCCGCGGCACCGCCUACACCCUCACCGUCGACGCCAACCACCCCACCAUCACCACCGGCAUCUCCGCCUACGACCGCGCCCUCACGUGCCGCACCCUCGCCGACCCCGCAGCCACCCCGGAUUCUCUGCGUCGUCCCGGUCACGUCCUGCCCCUCAAGGCUAGGGAGGGCGGUGUUCGCGAGCGGCCCGGGCAUACCGAGGCUGCUGUGGACUUUUGCAAGCUCGCGGGUAAGUUCCCGGCUGCUGUGAUUUGCGAGGUCGUCGAUGAUGGUGCGGAGGUCGAGGGGCAGGCUUUGAGGUUGGAGCCGGGCAUGUUGAGGGGGGAGAAGUGUGUUGAGUUUGCCAGGAGGUGGGGGAUUAAGGUCUGCACUAUUGCGGAUUUGGUCGCUUAUCUUGAGAAGACUGAGGGGAAGCUUGCUGCCGUCAAUGGUACGUCUUGA